GGAUAUUAGACUGAAGUGAGCCCAUCUCAGCCAGUCCUGCCCAGCUGCAGCGUUGUCUCCAUUUCAGUGCCCAUCCCUCCCAAACUCCCAGCCCUGGUCUCUAGGAGACUGUAAACAAUCAGCUGAACCCGAUGCUCCUUUUUCCAGCAUUGUGUCCCGCCCGGAGCAGGCACGCUCUGCUUUCUGCCACCUCCCCUGCCAUGACAAAUUUAGACAGCUUGGGUCAUGUCCUCCCAGCUGGGUGCUGACACCAGGCUCCUCCUCAGCAAAUCUGCCUGGAGCAACUGGAGGUGGGAAGAUGCGUUUGGAAUUCCUGCUCUCCUUGAGCUCUGAUCUCUGGGAGCUGCCGGGCUCAUCCUCUGUGGCAUCUCCUGGUGAUCCAUGUCACCUCCAAGGUGUCCGUGUCACCUCCUGGUGAUCCGUGUCAGGUCUCGGUAGGGAAGCAGCUGAUGCAGAGACAGGAUCAGCUCUUCACUUUCCAUUUCCCUGCCUGCCACGGAUUUUCCACAAAGAACAUGGAGCAUCUCCUGUCUAGCCAAGGGGGUGGUGGUGUCACUCCUCAGCUCCUGUAACCCACCAGGGAUCAUCUCCACAAGCUGUGCUGAUGUUCCUGAAGAGGGAAAAGCUGCUGGGAUGCCAGAGCUGCACGUUCUGGGAAGAACAAGAAGCAAACAUUAAACAGCAAAAAGGGGGCUGGGAGCCAAAGCCAUUCUCAGGUGAGCUCUCACUCCAGCUACAAAGCAGUUUGGCUCACUGAAGGCAGCCACAGCCAGAAAACUGGGGAAUUUUAAAACUUCUGUGUAAACCAGAGCCCUACAAGGAGAAGAGAGCAGGAGGUGUCGGGGCGAAACGGCCGCAUCUCUUCCAAGAAAAGCUGGCGUUAUCCAAGGGAAGCCAAGCGGAGGCGCCUCGUUAAGAGAACCGCGCGGGACAAACAUUCCCAUGGCGAGCUGGGCCUUGGAGCUGCUGGGCUUCUCCCUCAGCCUGCUGGGCUUAAUUGGGACGUUAAUUGCCACCAUCCUGCCGCACUGGUGGCGCUCGGCCCACGUGGGCGCCAACAUCAUCACGGCCGCGGCCUACGUGAAGGGGCUGUGGAUGGAGUGCGUGUGGCACAGCACCGGCGUCUACCAGUGCCAAGCGUACCGCUCGCAGCUGGCGCUGCCCGCCGAGCUCCGCGCCGCCCGGGCCAUGAUGGUCAUCUCCUGCCUGCUGGCCGUGCUGGCGGCCGGCGUGGCCGUGGUGGGCAUGAGGUGCACGCACUGCGCCGAGGGCAGCGCCGCCAAGGCCUCCAUCGCCGGCUCUGGUGGGAUCGGCUUCGUGGCGGCCGGGCUGCUCUGCCUGGCGCCGGUGGCGUGGAGCACCAACGACGUCGUGGUGGAUUUCUACAACCCCGCGCUGCCCGCUGGGAUGAAGUAUGAGAUAGGGCAGGCUCUUUAUCUGGGAUUUGUCUCCUCGGCCUUGAGCAUCCUGGGUGGGGCCUUGCUGUGCACGUCGUGCCUUGGGAGCGAGGCGCCUUUCCAGCCUCCAUCCUCCAGGCCACCGAGUGCCUUCAAGGGCAACCACGCUCCUUCCCUGACAUCUGCAGCCCACAGCGGCUACAGGCUGAGCGACUACGUGUGAGUUCUCCCGGGAUCCGGCACCACUGCCUCGGGAAUUCUGUGCCUGGCACCAGACACCUCAAAUGGAUGUCGGAAUUUCACGUUGUUUAUUCCUUCCUUUUCUUCCCGCAGGAGGAAAGGAUGUGGAUGCAGAACUGCUGCCUGUAAAACCUGGGAAAUAAAGGCAAAGGAGGCUGAGAUAUUCCCAAGGCAGCACAUCCCUGUCUACCUCCCAUCAGGGCUUUGCAGGCACGUAGUUCAAGGGGUAUUUUGUUUAAAAUAAUGGUUUGGUUUGGUGUCGGUGCCCUGUGAAGCAGAGCUGGCCACAUCGCUUUGUUUCUUCCCAAAAAAAGACAGUUUUCCCUAAAAUCUGGAAUUUCUUGGGGAUACACAGUGAUUUCCAGCACUGGUUGCCUGCUAGGUUCCUCAUUUCCAUAAUUCAUGAACAUUUCAUCAUGGCAAGGUAUUAAUUUUGCUUUCACUUAACUUUUGUUUUCAGUUUGUUUUUUUAUAGUCCCUUGAAAUGUGAAUUUCCAUGGCACUGUGACAGAUGUAUUUGACAGCCUGUUACAGCCAAUAUUUGAAGUUAUAUGACAAUGUUUUGACCUGAUCAAAAUAAAAUUUCAGUGCAUUUUUUUAAAUGCGUCACGAGGGAAACAAACCCUCUCGGUGGCUCAGAACUGGAUUUUUUACAAAUGUCAGGAAUAGAAUGGAACCAGACAUUUGAUAUUAAAUAUACUUUAAAAAUGAAAAUUUAAAAACUCUCAGAAUUUGUCACUUUUAGCUUUUGAGCAGAUUUAGCAUUCUGCACAAUCUGUGCAUUAUAGGGAGUGGAAAAAGAGUUUCUAGAAUCCUAUUUCAUAAAUCCCAUGUAAUGAAAGGUGCUCAUUUCUUAGAAUGACUGCUGGUAAUUUGUGCCUGAAGGUGCUUUAGGGUUGGCAAGGAUAUUUCCAUCCCCUCCAGCAAUUUCUGGGGAACUUUCAUUGGGGCACAAGGCACCCUCCAUGGACUGUGACCACUGCUCGCCAGAAGUACCAAAUCCAGGCAUUUCCUCCUAAGAUCCUCACAAAAUUCCAUCAUUCCACAGUGCAUUCAAACAAUCAGAAAUAAAAUAAUGAGCAAAGAAGCCCAGCCCUUUCCAUUUCACAUUACAGCAAAGUGUCAGGCACACAUAUUAGGAUACAAAAUUAUGACAAAAAAGAGAAUCAAUGGAUUUCUCUCAAACCAGAAAUUUCUAGGUCUCCCACUUUUGACAGAUGGACCAAGACACUGAAAAAAAAAAAUAAUUCCAAGACCUGAGAGGCAACAAUUCUUCAUUUGGCAAAAAGAAAAAUCUGUUUGCAAUUUUAUUGUCACCUUGUGUCACCUCCAGAUCUGGGAGAUUUUCAAACAUUUCCUCUGGUUUCAAUCUGAAACUUCCUUUUUGUGGUUGAUCACCACUGGCUUUGGGUUCAUGUUGAUUUGGACAGAGGGUUUUCAGCACUGAUUCAUAUUAACAUCACCACUGUUUUUAAAAAUAAAUUAGAUUUCUAAGCAAUUUGCUGAGACCAACAAUAAUAAAAG